CAAAACAACUGCUGAAUCAACGCUGACAUACUGUAAGGACCGAGAAAUCAAUGAUUUUAGGAACUACGGUUAGGGCUUGGCCGCGCAUGAAUAAAAAAAACCCUCCCCAAUGAGACCUGAACAUGCUGAAAAGUGCGUAUUUAUGACCCUGAUGACGUCGUCUUCACCGAUUUCGAAAUUGAAGAAAUAUGAAAAUUUUGCCGAUACGCCUGUAUUACCAAAGAAUGCCAGCCGGUGGAAGGCUUGGGAUGCUGAACAAAUCGGCAUCCGUUUUAGGCAGCACAAAGUUGAACAGGAUAAAUGGCGGAAACUUCUGAAAGAGAAGAUUAGCAGUAGUGUUACCAUAUCAAAAUGGGGGAUUAUGGUGAAAGCUUUUAAAGAUCUGAUGGAUGAGAUACCAUACAGCCCAUCGGCGUCAUCUAUGAGUCGCCUGAUUAGAAUCUUGAAUUCCCACCACAACAACGCCAUCAGGCAUGUCAGGCCCAAGUCGAAGAAGGACAUGACAACGACUGGUUCCACUGACGAAGAUGAUGACAACGCCGAUGAGGAUGACAUAGAAUUCGUGAAGGCUGAACGCAGGGCAGUGGGUGACGGGUGCAAGGAGAUGAGGUUGGAGUUUUCCUGUGUGGUGGACCAAAUGGUUGAGAAAACUGGUAUCCAAAAAGGUCCCUUAAAAAAUAUCUUCAUUACACAGUUGGUCCUAUUUUUAGGGGAUUUCCAGAUUAUGUUACGCAAUUGGGAACAGGGAAGACCACCUCUGGAAGCUGCCUUCCAAAAUCUUUUUCGGAUGUUUGCCAAUAUUUUUAUGAUACCAUUCAGGCCAGGUGACGCAGAGGAUGCACGUUCCAUGAAAAUUUUCGGACAACAGGUUGUUUGCAAGCCAGACCUUCGUUAUCAACUCAACUCUGAUAUUACUGGUGAUAAGGCUGAAAGAGACAGCUUUGUGGUCACAAUUGCUGAGGUUAAGAAAAUUUCUACCUUCACUGAAGGAAGCCGCUUUGGUAUAGGCCUACAUUCUUCUAGGGAUGUUGUAAAACCAAGUACUGGCACGACCACAUCAGAAAAGAUUUCAUCUUCUCCACCAAUGAAGCGAUUGAAGGCAGUACCGGUGGAAGAAGAGGUUGAUCUCCCAGAUGAUAUCAAAGGUCAGCAUGCUGUAGAACUUCUCAUGGAGAUUCCAUUUUCUACAGUGAGAGAUUCCGAAAAAAUGAAGUGUGCAUUAGGCUUGAUCAUACAAGGCACUAAGGUUCGUCUCACAUGGCUAGAAAUCACACUUGAGCACUUCGAACUCAUACAGGAAGAAAAGUUCAAAGAGCUGGAUGAUGAUACAAAGGCCUACAUAUCCUAUUCUCAAGGAUAUGACAUGUUUGUUAAAGAAGAUAGGAGGAAUUUGGUUGAGAUCUUGAUGGGCAUGGCUGCCAUUGGAGAAAAAGCCGCCACACCAUUUUGGCAGUCCUUAAUGCCACUGUUACCAGUGAAGACCUAAGGCAAGGGUCAGUAAAACUAGAUGAUGUUUUCUAGUUUUCAUCAUUUAUUUUUUGUGAAUCAAUUUUAAAACCUCAUUUAUUAUACUCUGCUCAGCCGGUUGAGUUGGGGGCAUUAAUACCAUAGUCCUAUUACCAGUGAAUGCCUUAAGCAAGGGCACCUUAGUGACGAUUGAUAAUGUCUUUGCGAUAGACUGCUUUUGGUUAACAACACUCAUGAAUGAAUGCUAGAGUAAAAUUGGGGUGAUCAUAGCGAAUGACCCUGUUUUACACUGUUGCCGACCUGUGAUUGGCCAGCAAUCAGGUGCAUGAAUAAUCCGAGCCUCAUUUUCGGAACUGAUGAUGCCAAUGCAUUUCUACAGCAUGCUCAAGGUUCGAGCCUUGGGCUGCGUACCAGGCCAUGCUACUGGUCAUAACUUGACCAGUCAUGACAUUUGAUACAUAUGUAGCGUGAGAUAUGCUUGUUAGUUUAAUUGGAAAAAAGAGUUCAUUUCGCCUCGCCCUCAACUCUGCAUGCCUGGAUAAGUGGACCCACCAUACAAGACUCGCCCACACUAAUUUUUCGAUCUUGUGUGGUGUUUGUGCACAAGAAGGCCAAUAGAAUGACGUUGGUAGUGAGGUCAGCUUUGAGAUGAUAUUUAGAAAUUAUUCUCGUUUCCAUGCUUCACUUACACGCUGGCCAAAUGCAGUUGAAGUAUGUUCUCAUAUUUUUGGUCAUUUUCGGUAUAUUGGUAUCCUUAAGACCAGAGUUGUGUUAAUACAUAAACAUUAGACUUUUUUCUGAUCUCAAUUGGGUAUUCCUACCAAGAGGUUUUCAAUGUUUCUCAAAGCAGUUUAUGUAACAAUCAGGCAAGGAUCCUAAAUUUGCAAACUGAACCCGGAUCAGGCUGAUUUGUCCUUGACACCUUUUUGGCUCAUCGUAAGGGGAGUCUAUACGAUAGCGCUGUGUCCGUCGUCGUCGUCGUCGUCGUAUAUCCUGUUUCAGAAACAGUGGCACGUUUCUUAACCGCUAGGGCUAUCAACUUGAAACUUUGUACACAGAACCCCCUAGGUCAGGUUACCUCUGACACUGAAUUUCAAUCCGAUCUGAUUCUCAACUUGGCCACCAGGGGGCCAAAUGUUGAUAUCUAAAAAGUGUGAUACUCGCUUAUUAUUGACUUGUUUUCGAAAAAACUUUUGUUGUAGGUACUCAUAGCAAAUAUACGUUAUAUCAUACAGGUUUUUAAUUUUACCUACUUUUUAAGGUCGCAGGGGUCAAAUGGCGUAAAUUGGCCGUUUGAGUGUGACUGUGGCACGUUUCUUAACCACCAAAGCUAUGAACUUGAAACUUGGUACAUAUAACCCCCUAUAUCACAUAGCCUCUGGUGCUGAAUUUCGGUUCGAUCUGAUUCUCAACUUUACCACCAGGGGGCAAAAAGAAAUCUAAAAAGUGUGAUAUCUCGCUUAUUAGUGACUUGUUUUCGAUAAAAUUUUUAUGAUAGGUACUCUUAGUAAGAAUACAUCACAUAUCUUACGGGUUUUCAAUUUGAUGUACGUUUCAAGGUCACAGAGGUCAUAUGGCGUAAAUUGGCCGUUAGAGUGUAAACUAUGGCACGUUUCUUAACCACUAAAGCUAUGAACUUGAAACUUGGUGCAUAUAACCCCCUACAUCAGAUAACCUCUGAUGCAGAAUUUUGGCCCGAUCUGAUUCUUUAUUCGGCCACCAGGGCCCAUAACGGAAAAAGUAAGAAGUGUAUCCUUGCUUAUUUGAGUGAAUUGUUUUCGAUAAAAUUUUUAUGGCAGGGACUCCUAGCAAGGAUACAUCACAUGUCCUACGAUUUUUGGAUUUGACCUUCUUUUCUAGGUCACAGAUAUAGUAGAUACGCUAGCAAGUGUAGGUUUCCUAUUACCAGGACGUGUUGUCCUUGAUGUUGAGACCGAGCGGUGACAUGGUGCGCAGUCGAUGGAUCCAUGUAGACUCUUUGGCGAGUCUAAUGUUUUUGGAGUUAUCCGCGUCUGGGGAGGCGUGGAUGAAUUCUAGGACGAAGAUGCGUACAUCAUCCAGUCCAUGGUGGUCGGUUUGAUCGAAGUGAUGGCCGAUGAUUUCAGCAUGGUUGUGCUUGGUUAUGUUGUAGAAGUGUUUCUGGAAACGACCAAUGAUUGUCUGUUUCGUUUCGCCCACAUACUGUUUGUUGCAUGUUAUACAUUGGAUACAAUAA